AUGACAUCUGCAUUCGACUCAAACAAUGUCUCCCAGCUGGGGACAGCGCUGCUUCGAAUUUCGCCACUUGUUAUAUCAUCUGCGUCCUUGAUGUUCAGCUGGUCACAAGACAUCUCUCUUGGAGCAUUCCUCCACCCGUCCCUACGCAAUGACGCAGCCCACCCCAGUGGCAAAAUUCUUCCUAGAUACCUGCCUGCUUUCAUGAGCCCUGGUAUAUGGGGUAUCGGGUUAACUUAUCCUCCUGCGACCAUCAUCUGCGUUAUCAACGGUUUAAGCGGUCAAAGCCGCGAGGCUCGCAAUUUUUACUUGGCCGGUGCGCUGUUUAGUAUAGCUCAUUUUUGCUGGGGACCAACUAUGUUCGCUAUCCUUGGGCGCAUUGGCGAUGCCAAGUCCGCUGGAGUCCCGAAUGAGAACGCGCUUAAGGAGUGGCUGCCCAAACACCGAGCACGGACAUUAUUGGUCAAUAUUCCGGCCUUUGUUUGUAUUUUGGGGGCUACUUUGGUCACUAUCACCGAGGGUCUUUCAUGA